UCAGAUGUUGUGAGUUGAGUUGGUACGGAAGCUCUGUGAAAGCCUAAGCAGUUUUACUGUCUUUUAUUACUCUUUGACUUUGAAGGUCUACCUGCUAAGACACCCAACUACAGGAAAAUAUGAGUGAUUCUAGGCAGCAAUCACUGUUCUUCAUCACCGUUCCAGAUUUACACAAACUCUGUGCUGUACGGAUAAUACUCAGUGAAAGAGUGGCAGAUACUGAGGUUAGGAGUAUACAAUUGAAAAUGUGCAGGCAAUUGCUAUUUUUGCAUCAAGAUAUUCUUACAGCACCUGUGCCUGAAAUAUUAAACCAAAUUUGGGUGGUAAUGGCGAUACAACGUUUUAAAGCUGGGAAUCUCAAUGCCUACAUUGAAAAGCAUGGAGCUAAAAUGGAGGCCCCACAACGGGUAAUUCCUGUAAUUCUUCAGAACUGCCUUUCAUAUUCACUCCCAGCUAGACUUGCUCCCACCUGGAACAGAAUGGGCCAUGUCUUGGUACAAGGAAGAGAUUUUCUUUCUCAGAUGGGAAAGCAAAGUGCUGUUGUGUUAGACAUCAAUGUAACAGAAACUCAGAUUUGUCUAAGUAUAGAAGUUUGCACUAUCAGGCUGCCACCAGCUGAGCUAAAGGAGUUUGAUAUUUCUCAGAAUAUUUUACAAGACUUUUAUGCCAAUCAGCAUGCUGUCAUUGAGAAACAUUCCAUUUUGAGCAACUGGUGCUAUGUUUUGCCAAGUAUGAAAAUGGGACAAAUAAUAAAUAUUCUCCAUGCCAUACCCCCGGAUAGUCCAUUUCAAUCAUUCAGAGACCUCCAGAUGCAUUGGGAUGACCUGUAUGGAUAUAAACUUCCAGAAGAGUGCGGAAAGAUGAAAAUAUACUGCAACAUCUACUUCAAAAUGAUCGGAGAAAGGACCUUCACAUAUCCUCUCACUUGCAUCAGAAGUCAGCCCAUCCAGUUUUUCCCAAGAAUAGAUUUGGAAGGUGUGUUGAAAAGUUUCCUUUCAGAUUUAAAAUCUAAACUGCCUCAUAUAUGUGGAUUUCCCAUAAAGAUGACAAACAGACCAUGCUACUACACGCAGGAACUAAGCAAACCUAUUGUGCAGGAAAGCAAAAUCAGGCCACCCAAUUUGACCACUAAAAAACAGUUCAGGGCUUCUCUGACUCAGGCCAGUUCCAGAAGAACUGCCUGGGCUCCAAGUCUCCAACAGUGUCCAAUGCCAGCCGACCACAAGGUGGAGCCCGUCAGGCCCCCACGCACAGGCCCCUCCUCAGCUCUGCCCAGCCAGCCACAGUCUGUGCAGGACAGGAAGCAGUCCCUGCCGCUCAGGGUACCACAACCACAUCUGGAAGAGGCACAGUCCCGCAGAGGAAGUGCGCAAGUUCAACACACAAGUGUAACCUCCAGUAGUAACAUCACUCCUAAAUUCAUUCCAGUAUUCCAAAAUAGAUUGCCACAGAUGAACAAAAAUAUCUCAACGAUUAGCAACCUGAAAAGAAAACAUGUUGCAGAAUCUAGGUUGUUUUCACUUAAAACUGGAGUAACACAGGAAAACAAACUGAAAUUAGAUCCGGCCAUUAAAAAGAGUCAAAACAGUAACAUUAGGGCACAUGCGAGAAAAUUAAAUCCAAAUAGCUCCAGAUCUCUGCAAGAAAAAAAUAUGGAGCCCUAUGAGCAGAAGUCAAGUCAUUCCUCUUCUUAUGGACAAUCAGCUGUGAGCUUAAGAGAGAGCAACGAGCUAACCAGCAGUGUAGUAUUGAAGAUGCCCAAUCAUGAUUUAGGGGUGAUAAAAAGCACUGGUGACUUCCAAGUGGAUGGAAAAGACAACUUAACGAGAAGAUUCAUAGAACAAAUUUUAGGGAAAAGCCACAAGUCACUAGAACUGAAAAAUAAACCACACAUCUUUGAAUCCGACAUAGAAACUGAAGAUCCCCAAAUACUGCAGCAACAGUCAGCAAAUCAAACUGAAGAAGCUGAUAUUGGUGACCACAGGCUGACAGUAAGCAAACGAGCCCACAAAUCAAAAAGAAACACAUGUCCAGAGUCUUCAAAACCUGCAAAGAAGUGUCAUUCCAGCUUUAGCCACCAUGAGCAAUCCAGUUCUUUGGGGAACCAGCCAGUGGGGGCCCGGUGUGGGGGCCCAGUGUGGGGGCCCCGUGUGGGGGCCCCGUGUGGGGGCCCCGUGUGGCAGCCUCCCUGUGGGACCCCGCUGAGCCCAUCAGUGCCCUCGCCAUGGUCCGAUGCCGCCGCAGGAUAUGCGAAGGCUCCAUGUCAAUUCCAGUUCCCAAAGCUGGUAGCCAUGGAGGAACAUGCCUUCUUCCCAUCAACGCUCGCUCCCCACCCGACGGCGAGCGAUGAUGAAUUACACAGCCGGGGACGCGACGACAGGAGGAAACAAAAGACAACAAGAAAUAAGGUCCACGGUGACGCUGCCCGCCUCGGCCCCCGUGCUGUUCAGAGCCCCCUCCUCAUCACCGAGGGGGCCUCGGAGGGCCAUGCUCUAACUGAAACCAGUGGAUCGUCCAGAACAGUGAGCGCUCUGCCUGCCCCGGGCCGGCUGCACCGCGGCCUCGGGGAAGAGGCUGCGCCGCUGGGCCGCACUUCCCGCACCUGCGCGGGUCUAGGCCGGCCGCGCCUCUCCAUCGGCACCCCCCUUUGA